UUCCGAAAACGUGAAAUCACUAGAAAUUGCGCUUUACAAUUACGGUCUGCAGUAAUUAGCAAUUACCCGACAUCCGAGUGAAUACGAGAAAAAAAAAACUCGAUGGAGUGUCACAGUGAUGUUUUAAUUAUCUAUUUACUAUCGGCACUGACUGUCCAGCUGAUUGCGGUAGACGCAGACAACUCAGACCGCAAAACCGGUGUUUACACGAGUCAUCGGGGACACGAGCCGACGAUGGAGAGGUGGCUGUCAGCCGAUGAAAAAACCGCCCUGGAGCACAGUAUUCUGCGACUCCUGGGGCUCCCAGAGCGGCCAAUAACCGAAAAAAAACCGAUCAUGAAGAGAUCGGCACCGAAAUUUCUACUGGACGUCUACACCACAGAAGUCAGUUCACCGAGAUACCUGGAUGACGUGAUCGGUAAGCAGAUCAGUGGUGAAUUUAAACUCGACGAGGGAAAUUUAUACGCGAUUAAUCAGAGUGACGUAAUUAUAAGUUUUAUGGCACAACAGCCGCACAAAGGACUCGGGGGUAAACCAGAUAGAGUCAAGAGGAUGUGGUUCGACGUAUCAGCUGUUCCCGUUGAUGACGACAUAAUGAUGUCCGCGGAACUGCGAUUGUACCGGGGUAUGGGCAUCAAGAGAAGGUACCAAGGGAAUUUUACCGUCACCGUCUACCGAGUUUUGCGGGACCCCGAGGGAUUCCGAGAUCUCCAUCUCGUUGAUUCCAUCAACAUCAGCUCAGAGUUCACAGGGUGGAUCACCCUGAAUGUCACGGAGUCCCUCCACAUCUGGAAUAAAUACCCGGAGGAAAAUCGGGGGAUGUUUAUCUCGGUUUUGCCGAUCGGUGGGAAUAACUCGGAGAGGGUGAAACCUGAGAAUAUGGGGAUCGUCGGGUUUAAAGGCGAUCUGGAGAAGCAGCCGUUCAUGGUGGGAUUCUACAAGAACUCUGGGAAUCGGAGUAUUCAGCUCAGGAUCAAUGAAAUCGUUAUGAGACCCAAGAGGAAUGCACUCGAUCGGAGUCUCCAGGUCAUGCAGAAUCACUUUGUCCAUGGCUUUGAUGUCACGGGAUUUGGAGAAUCGUGUGGACUUCGGACUCUUUAUGUUAAUUUCAGGGAUAUCCAGUGGGAGGACUGGAUCAUCGCACCAUCGGGAUUUGAUGCAUUCUUUUGCAGUGGCAACUGCAAUUUUCCGUUGCAGACUAGAAUGAAUGCCACGAAUCAUGCAAUUAUUCAGACUCUGAUGCAUCUCAAGCAACCGGAUGAGGUGCCUCCUGCAUGCUGCGCUCCCAUCAGGUACUCAGGGCUAUCUGUUUUGUAUUUUCAGGAUGAGAAUAAUGUCGUAUUGAAGAAAUAUCAAAAUAUCGUCGUCGAGAGCUGCGGGUGCAUCUAAUUUAUCAACGAAAAUUCCCAAUUGAAAUUUUCCCCAGUCAAUUUCAAGUCAGAGAAUUUCAAUAAUUUUUUUUCCUCAGUGCAAUGAAAAUUCAUUCUGUCAUCCUGGUUUUUUAUUGGAGGAAUGCUAAUUUUUUAUUGUCAUUUUAAAAGUAAUUGAAGGAAUCGGUGAAUUUUUUUUUUUCAAUUUUUUUUGACAAUU